UUCCGGGUGAGCCGCCCCGCCCCCGCCUGGGCCCCGGGAGAUUAGAUCCCGGGCUGCAGUGGCUGGAGCAGCGGUUCGGAGCUUUCAAGGAGAAACCGUGACUCCUUUGUGGCAGGGCUCCUUCUCUCUGAAGUGCACUCCAUCAACCGUGCCUCCCUGGACUGACAUGCAAACUCAAGGAGAGGUCACCUAUGAGAGAGUCCAGCGUGGCCUGGUACACAAGCUCAGCACGCAGCAGACACCCCAAGAACUAGCUGGCUGGCCUCUGGCCCCCACCAUGCAGCCCCAGUCUGUUCUGCACAGUGGCUACUUCCACCCCCUGCUUCGGACCUGGCAGACAGCCGCCACCACCCUCAGUGCUUCCAACUUCAUUUACCCCAUCUUUGUCACGGAUGUUCCUGAUGACGUACAGCCUAUUGCCAGCCUGCCAGGAGUGGCCAGGUAUGGUGUGAACCGGCUGGAAGAGAUGCUGAAGCCCCUGGUUGAAGAGGGCCUGCGCUGCGUCCUCAUCUUUGGUGUCCCCAGCAGAGUUCCCAAGGAUGAGAGGGGCUCUGCAGCCGACUCCGAGGAGUCCCCAACUAUCGAGGCAGUCCGUCUGUUGAGAAAGACCUUCCCCAGCCUCUUGGUGGCCUGUGACGUCUGCCUGUGCCCCUACACCUCCCAUGGUCACUGUGGGCUCCUGAGUGAGAAUGGAGCAUUCAAGGCCGAGGAAAGCCGCCAGCGACUGGCAGAGGUGGCACUGGCCUAUGCCAAGGCAGGGUGUCAGGUAGUAGCGCCGUCGGACAUGAUGGACGGACGAGUGGAAGCCAUCAAGGAGGCCCUGAUGGCACAUGGACUUGGCAACAGGGUAUCAGUGAUGAGCUACAGUGCCAAAUUUGCUUCCUGUUUCUAUGGACCUUUCCGGGACGCUGCUCAGUCAAGCCCAGCUUUUGGAGACCGCCGCUGCUACCAGCUGCCCCCUGGAGCCCGGGGCCUGGCCCUCCGAGCAGUGGACCGGGACAUACGGGAAGGAGCCGACAUGCUCAUGGUGAAGCCAGGAAUGCCCUACUUGGACAUCGUGCGGGAGGUGAAGGACAAGCACCCCCAGCUCCCCCUCGCUGUGUACCACGUGUCUGGGGAGUUCGCCAUGCUGUGGCACGGAGCCCGGGCUGGGGCAUUUGAUCUCAAGGCUGCCGUGUUGGAGGCCAUGACCGCCUUCCGCAGAGCAGGUGCUGACAUCAUCAUCACCUACUACACACCUCAGCUCCUGCAGUGGCUGAAGGAGUAACCAGUGUGCAGGACCCAAGAUCUAGAACUUGAGAAGGCUCCCAGGGCCUUGGAGAAGUGAAAACCAAAGUAAAGGCUGCUUUUAGAACUGUG